AGCUUCAAAACCGAUUUCGGCUCAGAGAAAGAAGGAAGGAGAUGGCCGACUAGUAGAAGGAAAAUAUCACAUUUCUGCUUCUUCGUCGGCAAGAUUCGUUUUGUUCAAGGUUAUUUUUCACAUUCUGGAACCGGAGGGGGACGUUUAAAAACAUUUAGCCCCUCUUCCAUGAUGGCAGAACAAAACAACAAUGUCAGAUAUCAGGAGCUGGUGAAUGAGGAGGAGCCCGCCCAGCCCUCCCAGGAGAGCUCUGGACAGGAUGCACCACCUCCCUACAGCAGCGUUGCUGCAGCCAAUGCAGCGUUCUUUGAAUACAAGGAAGAAGGAGGGAGAUUUCCCAACCCUCCGUCGUACAACGUUGCCACCACUUUACCCUCCUACGACGAGGCCGAGCGGAGCAAAGCCGAGGCCGCCGUCCCCCUGGUCACCGGAAGGGUCUCGGAAGACGACUUCGUGGCCAGAGACGACUUCGAAGACUCCGACCAGCUGCGGAUAGGAAACGACGGCAUCUUCAUGCUCACUUUCUUCAUGGCAUUCCUCUUCAACUGGAUCGGCUUCUUUCUGUCGUUCUGUUUGACCACGUCAGCGGCCGGUCGGUACGGAGCCAUUUCCGGCUUCGGCCUGUCCCUCAUCAAAUGGGUUCUCAUCGUCAGGUUUUCCACUUAUUUCCCCGGAUACUUUGACGGACAGUACUGGUUGUGGUGGGUGUUUCUGGCUCUGGGUUUCAUGCUGUUCAUCAGAGGCUUCGUUAACUACUCCAGAGUGCGCAAACUGGUUGAUCCCGCUUACGCCAACCUACCCAGAACAAGAGUGCUUUUCAUCUAUUAGAGAAACGGACCUUUGAUCUCUGUCCGGCCUUCUCUCUUCACGUCGAGCAGAUGAAAGGCGGUGAGAGGAGAUGAAGCAAAACAAUGUUCGAGAGUCGCAUGAAGAGACUUCACCGGAAAUCAGCCAGACGAGUUCUAGACGAAGACAACCUCAAGAUGGUAACAUAUUCAGGAAAUAUAUAAAACAUGUGUUUUUCUUUUGUUUAGACAUUUCAUUAAUGGAACAUGGUAAGCAGUAAUAGUCCCUUUAGCUAUUCCUUAGUGGCUAAUGUUAAGUGCUAUUUACAUCUGUUGUAAUGUAAGAGUAUUGCCUUAUAUGAUUUGAUGGUCGCGUAAGAGCAUGCAUCUGCCGCCAGGUUAUUAAUUAGAGCCGAGUUCUUGUUGGUUUUCUAAUUCGCGCAACACUGAAGAUUGACCACAGCAUGCAGCACACUCUGUAACAUUCACUUCAUCGGUCUAAUAUCCAAUUAGACGUUUGUAUUUCAAUCAGCCAUUGGCUUUAAGCUGUGCUGCUCCUUCUUCAACCACUAGGGGGCAGCGUGGUCUGCACAUUUCCAGACGUAUUCGUGAGAGACAAACAAGAGAGCCUGCUUGUAAUUUGCAGUCCAAACAUACCAGUUCGACCUCUGCUUGUUAGAGGUUUCUUUUAAUAAUUACUGCGGGUUAAAUCAGGUGAAACAAUCCAAACCUGGAAGAAGAAUUCAACUUACUGAGAUUGCUCUUGAAAGAAAUCCAGCCUCUUGUUUUCAUUUCCCCCAGACAAGCAUCUAAAUCUCUGAGCUGCUGCAGUGGCGCUGCUGAAUUUUGGUGUUUGUCUGAGAAGGUCUCAUUUGAAUGUUGCAGUCUGACCUGCCGAUGACUCCGCUGUGAGUCAGGGAGAAUCUCUGCUGGAGGAAAAGCUCAGAGAUUUAAAGAAAAAAAGAAAAGCUGUCUGGAUUUCAGCUGUUAAUGAUCCAGUUUGAGCAGCUGCAUCACAAUAAUGAGCACAAAAAUAGCUGAAAUUCCUCUUCCAGGUGGGAUUUUUGCCUUAAGAUGUAAUUGACAGAUGUGUUUCUUUUUUCCCUCUCAACUUUCUUCACACUGCAUUAGAAGUUGGUAUCAAUUAAAUCAAGAACUUUGCUUUUCAGCUGCACUUGUAGAAGUGUUAGCGGUAAAACCCAGAUGAUGUUAUUCCCAGUCCACACUGAACAGUUUGAAUCAUUAACUUCGUACUUCUGCCAUGGCUUUGAUUACACACCAGUUAUGCUUGUUUCUAUGUGACUUAGAGCUAAACUUUGGGGUUAUGUUAUGUAACUGUACAGAAAUCAUGUAGUGUUAAAUAAAUGUCACUUUCAAUGGGU